AUGGCAAACAUGACGUCAGCACACGAUGUUACCCCACCGCUCGUGUCGUUUGGCUUAGUCGCCGAUGUACAAUACGCCGACGUCGAGGACGGAUGGGACUUUCACCACACGUCAGAGCGGUACUAUCGGAGUGCCUUGUCUCAGUUACAAGCGCUGGUCGCGGAAUGGCUGCGUGUAGCCAAGAGCCAAGAAAACUGCGCAGUAAACCUCCGCUUUGCUGUGAAUCUGGGAGACCUCAUUGAUGGCAAGAACCGACCCGCUGCGACGUCUCGACAGGCUCUGGAAGCCACGAAAGCAGCGUGGACACCGUUCCAAGACAAUGUUGGACCAGUGCACCACUUGAUUGGCAACCACGAGCUCUACAAUUUCUCAGUUGCUGCGAUUCAGCGCGACCUUCUCUAUCACCAACGCCGCUAUUACGACUUUCAAGUUCCAGAGGCACCAACGUUCCGCUUCAUAGUGCUGGACUGCUACGGGUUAUCGAUCCUCGGACGGGAGACGAGUGAUCCAGUGUACCAGGAAGCCCUAUCUCUGCUUCGUCGUGUCAACCCAAACGAGAACCUCAAUUCUCCGACGGGUCUUGUCAACGAGCAAAGGAGGUUUGUUGCUUACAAUGGAGCAGUGGAUCAACAGCAGAUGCUGUGGCUGGAAGAGAUGCUCGUGAAAGCCACAACCAAGGACCAACACGUGGUGCUUUUCACGCACAUUCCAGUCCACCCGAGCUCAACGCCUGCACUCUCUAGUUUGCUAUGGAACUACCCACAAGUGCUGAAGCUCAUCGAGCAGUAUGACUGCGUUGACGCAGUUUUUUCCGGUCACGCACACGGGGAUGGAUACGUUUACGCUCAAGAGGGGACACGCACUCGAGGAGUGCACUUUGUCGUGUGCGACGCCAUCCUCGAGUGUGCGCCGUCUGAGACUGCACAUGCGCUCGUGCAUGUGUUCCCUGACAAAUUGGUCGUACAAGGCUACGGGAAGAUCCCCACUCGAGAGCUCUGUCUCUCCCGGGAAACAAUUGCGUCGCUAUUGUGA